ACAUCCGGCCCCGCUGUCUCGAUCUCUCCAGAAAGUUCUGCACAGUGAGCGAAUAUAAAAGCCAGCCAUCCUCCCCUUACUCAGCGUGCUCGCGUCGACACAGAGCUGGGACAGCUGCUUCUCCCGCUUGGUCACCAUGGUUCACGAAACCGGCUUCUACGAUCUCCUGGGUGUUGACCCCAAAGCUUCACCGGAGGAAAUCAAGAAAGCCUACAGGAAACUGGCUUUGAAAUACCACCCGGACAAGAACCCCAGUGAAGGAGACAGGUUCAAGCACAUAUCUCAAGCAUAUGAAGUUCUGUCAGAUCCAAACAAGAGAGACUUGUAUGACCAAGGAGGAGAACAAGCCAUCAAAGAGGGUGGCAUGGGUGGAGGAUCUUCCCCAAUGGACAUUUUCAACAUGUUCUUUGGAGGUGGUGGCCGGAUGCAAAGAGAGAGAAAAGGGAAGAACAUUGUCCACCAGAUAGGGGUCACACUGGAGGAGUUGUACAAUGGCUCCACCAGGAAGCUUGGACUCCAGAAAAAUAUAAUUUGUGAAAAAUGUGAAGGUUAUGGUGGAAAGAAAGGUGCCUUGGAGAAGUGCUCCAACUGUAAGGGAAGGGGAGUACAAGUUAGGGUGCAACAGAUUGGACCAGGCAUGAUUCAGCAGAUCCAAAGCAUGUGUCCAGAUUGCCAGGGACAGGGUGAGAAAUUCAACUCCAAAGACCGCUGCAAAAACUGCAGUGGGCACAAAGUGGAACGCAAGAAGAAAAUUCUUGAAGUUCACAUUGACAAAGGCAUGAAAGACGGUCAGAAAAUUCCAUUCAACGGAGAAGGUGACCAGGAGCCUGGACUUGAACCUGGAGAUGUGAUUAUUGUGCUGGACCAGAAGGAGCAUCCUGUUUUCCAAAGACAAGAGGAUAAUUUAAUAACAAAGAUGAACAUCAAACUUGUUGAAGCCCUGUGUGGUUUCAAGAAAACUAUUCAAACAUUAGACAACAGAAUGCUUGUCAUCUCCUCACAGCCAGGUGAGGUAAUAAAAGAUGGUGACGUGAAGUGUGUUCUGAAUGAGGGCAUGCCAAUUUACAGGGACCCAUGUGACAGAGGGCAGCUAUUUAUUAAAUUCAAGGUGGAAUUCCCAGAAAAAGACUGGCUUCCUGAGCAUCUCAUGUUCCAGCUGGAAAGACUGCUUCCUGAGAGAGAGGAUGUGAUGGUCACUGAUGACAUGGAAGAGGUAGAUCUGCAUGAGGUGGAUGAGCAGACACAACAGAGAAACCACAGUGGGGAGGCUUAUGAGGAAGAUGAAGAUCACCCGAGGGGGGGAGUGCAGUGUCAGACACAGUGAUUGUAGUCUGCAAUGCAAUUAAUUGUAGGGUUUAAAUGUAGUAAUGCACCAUAGCACAAUCACAUAAUGUUACAAUGUUUUUGUUCUCUCUUCCUAGAACACAUAUGCAAGUGCAGUACCCAUUUCAUGUUUGCUCUGAAUAAUAUUCUUGUUGACUACUCUCAUGUGCUCACUGUAUUUGAAAUCCACGUCUUUAUGUAUCUUUGAAAUGUUCUUUUCAUUCAGAAGCUGAUUUUUGUAUGCUUUCUGUGAAGGUAAUUCAGCCAUGACAGACCACUUUUUGGUUGUUUCUCAAUAAAAGUCCUGGAGUGCUGACA